AUGCGCCGAGUUGAAUUUCUUCUUCCACUUCUUACCGUCAAUUGCGCGGUAAGAGCAGUUCCCCUACAGCGAGAUAUAUACGACCCUCUCCUCCCUCUCAAAAGCGUCGCCAGCGAGAUCUUCGGCUACACGACAGCCAUCUCUGGACCAGAGUCGUCGAUAGAGCGAACACAAACAGCUCUCUCCGCUUCCUCCACUCCUUCAGCAGAUUCACCAGCAACGUCUACCCAAUCAAGCAACACACAGACCGAUCUCACCGGAACAGGAUCUGUAACAGUUACCCUCAGCAAUACACAGCUGUCCACUGGAAGUCCUUCACCUACGAACGCAGCUUCCAACUCCGCCGUCGGCACAGCGACGACAACGCCGACUGGCAUUCUUUCAUCAUCGCCGGGCUCAACUGUCGCGCCUAUCAGCGUGGUUCCCACCACCACUGAAAGUAGUGGCUCGUCACCUACCGAUGCCGGCUCUGAUCCUGGGUCAAACUCUGGAUCAGGAGGGAAUUCAGGCUCAGGGUCAACAUCAGCCGACUCAACGAGCGGGUCAGGUCUGUCGCCAGGAGAGAUUGCCGCAGCAGUCAUUCUCCCCGUCAUCGCUUCGGCCGCCUUGUUGUUUCUUGUCUUCCGCUUCUGUAAACCUCUCCGCGAAAAGUUUCAAGCUUGGCGGCAAGAAAGACUGGAUCGAUCCGCGUACAGACGAGCGCUUGAUGAUCCUGUUCUUGCCUUCGGCAUGCGUCAACAAAGCGAUCGAGGUUCAAACGGUUUUCGCGUGAGUGACGAGGAUCAGUCGGCACGUCCCUUGUCUUUUGGAUUCCGGAAUCCUCAGAGACAAUAUCCUAGCAUCAAGAGAAAACCUUUGACUUGGGAUGCUGCGCGAAUAGGCGGCCAAGGAGCCUCAUCAAUUGGGAUGGCAAUACCAAUGCCCCUGGGACACCGUCCUCGGAGCCUCAGUGAGAUAUCGGAGGUGAGCGAUAUCAGCAGUGAUGGUGAGGCGAGAUAUGAGGACGCCCGGUCGAAUCAAGUAUCGCCAGAAGGGAUCCUUUCAUGA